ACAUGGGAACCCGUAUUUUCAUAAAGGUUCCGGAUAUCUGGAUUGUUUCCACUUUCAUAAACAUUUUCCCACUGGAUCUUACAUAUAUGUACCAGUUGGACUGUUUUGCUCGGGUCUCCCCACCCCCGACUUAGAAUCUGCCUCCUUGGUCAACUCCACCUGGGAGGAAGCCGCUCUGAAGCACCUCCUCUUUCGAAGCCCGGUCGUGGUCCACCUCCACAACAUCACCGAUUCCACGGACCUUAUCCCCCUGGCGACCUUAUCGCAUCCACACCUCAAACUAUUUAUAUCCGACCCCGACGACUGGCCUCCAUGCAGCGUCAAAAAUGUGGAAACUUUACCGCUAAAAAUACAUCUAUUUUCCUCCAUUAAUUUCUCCUCCGCGACAAAAUUAAGCCUUGAUCUUCCCCUCUACAACUCUUUACGCCACGUGGCAUCUCAUUUGGUGCAAAUUUUGGAAAAAUCCUUCAAAAAGUUGAGAUCUCUAAAAUUGCAAUUGAUAAUAGUCAACCAGAAAGAAGCCCUGUCUUCUGCGGAAGACUGGAACGAAUUAUUUCCCGACAUCAUGAUUCCCCACGUGGCGAAAAAAUUGACCACUUUGAUCCUGCAUGUGCCCUCCGUAGGCCCCACAAAUGUGGAGGGACGAUGGGAAUCUGUUAUCUGCCUGAUAACCCGAAUUCUUCGGAUUUACAGGCACGUGAGGAAACUUACCCUGUCCGACGUGCCGGGCGGGCUGCUUGAAGAAAAUGAUGUCACAUUACCCCAUCUCGAAUCAAUCUCACUGCACACAAAUAUUAUCCUGAAGAACAUGCAAAAUCGGCAUGCAUUGCAAUUCUCCAAAUUCGAUGCCCCACUGAAGACAAAUUUCGCAAAUGUGACUUCGAAUUUAGCGUUGGAAACAAUGAUGUCGUCGAGCUUUUUCGUCUCCUCGCGCCACAGUUGGAGCACGUGUGCAUCUCCGAGGUGGGAAACCUAACCCCGGUGUCCUCACCCGAGUUGCCCAUGCCCACCCCGACACACACCACGGUACCGAUUCUGCCGAAACUAAAAGUUUUCGAAAUUUUGAGAGAGGAAAGUGUACCUUGUUAUAUUCAUGAUCACGGUCUGAAAUGGUUUCGACCAGAUCUUCACUUAAACUUUGAGACGGGGACGGAUCACGUUAAGUUAUCUUAUCGGAGACAAUUUCCCAUCCUGGAGAAGCUAAUUGUGCGCGUGGUGCCGGAGAUUAUUCAUCCCUAUUUGCGGCAAAUGGUGAAAAAGCCGCAUGAAAAUUUGCAUUUUGAGGCGACCAUGCUUCUCCUGUAUGGAUCAUUUUUGGCGGAAGGUCUCGAGCCGUGUGGGACGUUGAGAAAUUUGGAAAUUUUCAUCCCCACGGGAAUUCAGACGCAGGUGGGAGGGAUAAAAAUGUGGCGGCGGUGCGGGUGCGAUGAUGAAGUGGAGAUUUGCAAAUGUUGGGGGUGGAAGGAAAACGAGACAGAUUUUUAUACCAGGAUUGCCAGCAUUUUCCCCAACGUGGAUUACGACGUGCUCGAAGGGGGGAGGAGAACCGUGCGAGCGGUGAAGUUGAAGGAGUUGGGUGUGAACUUUGGUGAUGAGAGAGGAAUUGAUAGGAUUUGAUUACCAGAGUGGUGUGUGUAAUUAUUUUAAAGGGGAUCAAGAUUGUAUGAACACAUUUACGUUAAAUUGUGACGGACAAAAUGAACAGUUAUGAAUAAAUAAAUAUUUAAAUCGCAUUUUCGCAAUUAAUUCUUCAUUAUCGCAACUCAUGCAUCAC